AUGGAGGGUUGUCGACGUUAGUGAGAUUCAUUAGAUACGACUUGACAAAUUCCUAUCCCAGGAGAAGCAGGAAUUUUUCACCUAUUCAUGUUCAGUAGCCAUUUUCUUGACUGAGAAUGGAGAUCGCCUCUGCGUUUCCGAAAGACGAUGUAGGUGAAGAUGGUGCCGCUACAGAGUCUUCGUCUGCACGCAUCGCUAGCGCCGACGUCGUUAAAGAGACCGACUGGGAGCUGGUGCAAGACGAAUCUUCAGAUGUUGCUACCGGUCAAGGAACAACAGCUGGCGAACAAGGGACGACCUGUAUCGACGACGAUCACGCGCCAGCAGAAAAAAUGGUUGACAAAGUAAAUGUGGAUCAUCAUCAUGUAGAAGACGCGACCACGAAGAACCACCAUAAAAGCCGAAGACGAGGAGGAUGCAAAUCUACGUUUUGCUGCGUGCUCCGCGUGGUAACGAAGUGUUUGUGUUUUUCCUUUCUCUCCGUCGCGGUUGUUGCGCUGACGGUCGUUGUCGCGCUGCUGACCUUUUUGUACCCGCUGCCGAAUACGAUUCCCCUUUGCAGCUUCCGGGGGCGGAGUCCGCACUGGGACAAGGCAAUGCACCGCACUUUUGUAGCGAAACCCAGCACCGACCCGACCACGAUUACCUGGGAAACGGUGGAGGGCGGGCCGAAGGUGCGGAUGCUUUCGGCGGGCGACGCGAAGAUGGAACUGGACGUCGCCGUUAUCGUGAGAACAUAAAGUGCUUCAUACACCUUUUUAGUUUUACACACUCCUCUCCUGAUGCAAGAACAUGAGCAAGACAGACGCCCUCUGUGGUCAUACAGGAAAUAAAUAUGCUUCUUGCCCGCGUCAUGAGUUCAUACGCUUCUUGCCUUAUCUGGUAUGAUUAACCAAAGCGUAUUACCUCUUCCUCCGCAUGCCAUGCAGACGAGCAACCGCAUGAUGCUGAAACUCUUUCAAAUGUGUAAGUGACACUUUUUCCUGUGACACCCGUGGAGCAGUACGCAGUGGAGCUUGCCGCUGCGCAGAUCGAGAAAGAGACGUGGGCGGCGACCCGCAUGCGCCAGGCGCGUGAGGGAGCCGAGGACGCCAUCGCUGAGCUCCAAAAGAAGUACCAAGGCAUCCGGGAAGCCUACCGUGAUGAGGGCCAAAAAAUGCACGGGUACCGGUAUGAUGUUGUUGAAAAGUGCGCCCACGACGUCGAGCACACCAAGAGCCAGUAGACGUGUCAAAUGUUUGUGACGUUGCAUAAGGUUUUCAAAUGCAAAAGUCUUUUAUCUAUGUUUGCUUGGCUCGGAAGACAACUGUCUCUGCUUUUGAUAUCAUUGUAAGUGCACAACGCAGCAGCUUUUACACUACAAGCGUUUUUUGUGCCACGCCUUUUUGCAACACAUAUUUUCGCUAUCCUGGAUUGAAAUCUUGUCAUUCUGCUACGUGCAAGGUGGCAAAUGUUUCUGUUGAGAACUUUGCACUACAAACUCUUCCACAUUCUGGGAUCGGGGCACUUCUUUGCAUUGUCACAACCGGAUGGACGAGCUCGGCACCACCGUCCCAAUUUUCGACGCGGUGCGAACGGUAUCAAACGUAAAAAUGUCUGGCUCUGGAAGAUUCUGAGACUUGUCAUGCAUGUUUUGUAUUGGCCAUGAUGUCUGUGAUGCAUGCCCUAGCACCACAGAUUUUUGAGGGCUUCGCGAUGCCUAUUCCGCAUGACAAAUGCCCUCUCCGCGUAGCAAAAAUUGCGUUCCCUUUGCUGCUCAUGCAGUACAGAUUUUUUUGGAAUCCAAAUUCAGCAUCACAAGUUGCAUUCUUCCAGACCCAGACAUUUUUACAUUUGAUAAACGGUCAGCGGCGGUCUGGAAAAACUUGACUCGCUGUUCACGUCGUUUUUCGAAGAAGCGGAGGAGGACGAGGACGACGACGAUGCAGAUGAUGUGGAAGAUGCAGAUGGUGCAACUGAAGAUGCGACAACUACUUCAAAAAACAAAACCACAAAGUCAUUUCUUGACACGAACACGCUGGGUGUGGUGGUGUCCAAGGCGGAGGACCUGCGGUUGCGCUUGCAAGCCGAGAUGGUUUAUGCAUUGCAAAUACUAGUAUGUGGUCUGGGUCUGGAUGAGUGCAAACUUCUGAUGCGGAUUCUGAACGGGAAAAAAACUUGUGUUGCAUAGUCACAGUCAGCUGCGAAAGAUGGGCGAUUUCUCUUUCCAGGGGAGGGACUUUAUUCUCAUGCUGAUUAGGCAUGGAGAAGCCCCUUCUACAGAAUCUGUCAUGCUCUCUGCGCUUUGCAGACAUUGACAUUCGCGCGAGGAAUCCAAAUGCAAAGGCUGCGUGACAAGUGUCUGGCUUCUCUCAGACGCAGGCAUUAUAUUUGCCCUGGAUGCGGUUCCGCACCUGAUUUCCCGGCGGGAGGAGCGGCAGCAGACGGCAGCGGGCACCGUCGGAGUAGAAGCCCCUCUUUUGGGCAACAACAUGAUCGGGACGCCGGGCGUGGUCGACACGGCCAGUAUUAUCGAGGGCUUUCGGGACUCCAUGGGCCACUACCGAGGGGGAAAUGAAACCAGCAAUGGGAUGGACCUGCUCGAGUUUCUGCUGCUGCACGACGAUACCAUUUUGCAAAAACACGAGGAGCACAAGAAGCAUCUGAACGAGUCCCAGAAGGAGCUGUUCGAGCAGGAACUGGUCCAGGGGAUGAACAUGACGAUCCUUUCGAAGUUUUACAACCGGUACGGCCCCACGCCCCUGCAUCCGGCCAAGCGGUUUUUGUGGGUCGCCUGCUCGACCGCGAUUGCCGCGGAUUCCGCGCCGCAAUUGUCGGUGCGGGCCAUGUCUUGGCUCAGUCGCGCGCUGCCGUUUGUGGUCAGUUCCGUACGGCCGCUGGUAGUGGGGAGGCGCGAGACCGCCAUCUCGGUGUGUUUGCGACUGUCCGACGCCACGUCUCUUCGCACCCAUCUUCGAAAGGACAUCUAUCGCCACGAAUUCGAACCGCCAGCAGCCGGAAAUACUACAAAUGCAACUACGGAGGUGUCUAGAGCAAGUACUGCUGGUACGACAGGCAAGAAGAAGCAGAAGGGCGGCGCAAAGAAAACUACACUUGCGGAGGCACCGAAAGCUGCGGAGCGAGUGGAGAGCAGGAGAGACUUGGAAGUAGACCCAGAAGAGUUUGCGCAGCCCGCCUUUCACGUCGAGAAGGGCAGCCACUACUUGAUAAACCCAGAUCCCCACUCGGUUCGGCGGGUUCUCCUCGUGCACGAAGAUCAAUAUUCUACAGAAAAGUUGUAGUCCACCCACGUCAGAAAAAAAAGUUGUACUGUCACGAAAGUGCUUCCCUCUUUGUUUCUGAUUAUCGCUAUUAAAACGCGUUACAAUUCCAAAGUUGUACAUGUGCGUUCAUUGUGGAUGCCAGAGCUUUGUCCUUCUUGUGGUCUUUUCGCAUUCCUUUUCCUCCAGGGAUUAUUUCCGGGUCACCAAAAAAUAUGGCAACGCAACCUCGAAGUGAUUCGUUUUUGAUGUGAGUGUGGUACUUCUAUCUUGUCUGUAGGGGAUAAUCAAGGCGCCCUGUUCAUGGAUCCGGACGUUUGGAAGCAAGUCGCGUUUCCGGAGAAGAAAAAGCUGACGCCGCUCGAGCAAGCGCGCGAGCGCCUCGAGCGCGUGAAGGACCCUAACAAUGAAGAGAUUUUCAACCAGAUCCGGGAGGAGCUCGAGAAUGGCAUCGGCGAACCACCCGAGCCAGAAAAGAAAGAGGAGGAAGUGCCCAAACGCAAAGAGUUUGUCGACGACGUGCGGCUGCUGACGGCCCUAGUGAAGCCCGGCGACGCACUGUACAUUCCCGCGGGCUGGUGGCACCACGUGGACGCGAAACGCGUUGUCGACGGAGAGUUCACAGACUUUGUUCGCGAGAGAACCCCCGGAGCCCCGCGCAAGCGAACUGCGCCGCGACGCAUGAGGAAGGGCCGCAAGCAGACCGCCCCUCCCCGUCCAGAGGAUGUGCACAGCCGGAUCGGUCCCUCUCUGAAAGUUUUCGUACAACCGGAAUUGGACUCGGCGUCGAACGAAACUGUCACUGUGCGAGAGCAGUACAACGAGACGCGGUUCGGCGCGGAAGCAGAGCCAAUGUUCAGGUUCGAUUAAUGUUGUGGGCUGUUUGCGGGGAUGUGGCUCUACUUUAAUAUCGCCGCUUGGUUCAAUCAUGUGACAGGUCCGAGUCAUGGAGUUGUUCUCACGCAAUUGUCUGAAGACCUGGAGUUUCGUGGAUAGUAGAAGUGCUUUCCAUACUGCAACUGCUUGUGCUUUCUAAAAUUUCCGAGCCAUGUAGUUAAUGAUCCGUUUUCGGUGUUGCUGUUGUAGUUGAUCAAGGAACAACGAAGCUACUUUUGACUUUUUUACGACACAUCAGGCAAUGCGAGGACGCCGCCGCAAGUCCGUCGCUGUUUCACCAGAUGGUUGAGGUGUUGGCUAGAUUCCGGGUGUGGGCCGCCGGGAGACUUCUGGGUGUGAUGACGGACGAAGAGGCGAUGCACAGCACCAGUUACCAACGGGUGGGGGACGAUCCGAUAGAAGAUUUUACGGAUUUCGAGAAGCUCAAGAUCACUUCGGACGACCUGUUCUUUCAGGGACUCAUCCAACCCGCGCAGGAGCCCGUGCGCCAGGCAAGUAGAACCUCCUCAUCAUCAACCAGGAGAACUACUUCUAGUACGGGCUCAGGACGAGAACAAAAGAGUAGAGAAAAUCGUGGGCGAAGUCGUAGUCGAGUGGAAUCUUUUCAGGACUCCACAAAGACGACGCACGUUGUUCUGAACGAGGACGCAGACCAUGCUCUGUUUGCCGGUGAGGAGGACGAAGAGCUCAUUGAAGUUGAGUUAUAGUGGUCACAAAUGAAAGCGGAAGCGAAGGGGGCGGUAUGGGUGAUGCACAGAUAAGCACAUGCCGAAGAAGUGAUGAUCGAGGCAUAAACGAACAACAAAAAAUCCAGAGGAAAAUGAUCGAGCAUGCACACACCACUGACUUCAGUACCUACUUUACAAAAGAAAAGAGAGAGAAACUUUGACAAGUUUCGCUGUUCUGUAAAUAAAAGACUAGCCCAAGCCCUAUUUUUCUUGUCAACCGCGGCAGCAAGAUUUCUCAAAGAGACUUGAAAAAUUCAUGCAUAAGUAGUGUUUAAACUUCGAAU